GCCAACCAGACACAGGAACUUUCCGAUUACUACUAGUGUCCAAGGAAGAACUUCCUUUUCACUAGUGCCAAUCAGGGCAGGGCACAUCUGGGUUUCUUCUUCUACUCACUGCCUUUCCCCAAUACUCUAGUAGCGACAUAUUAAAGAUUGCAAACAGGGCAGUUUCAGGAAUAUUACAUUUUAACAUAAAUAGGAAUCUUCUUUCCUUCCAGGCAUGGAAGCCUGAUGGUCUGACACCUUAGACUGAUUUAAAAACUGAGAGUUUUUGUUUUGUUUUAUUCUGUUUUAACAGGCUUGCGAUGAGAUUACACAAAAGCACAAACACUGAAAUACAGCUGCUGGGGAGGGAAGAACCCAGGAGUCUGGGCUUUCUCUUACUUCCUUUCCCACCCUUGGAAGGGAGGAGUAAUCAAACAGGGCGGAAGUCAAAACACAGCUGUCCAGAGAGGAGAGUUGUGGUCAGUGGGGAAGUCAGCCAGUCAGUCACAGGGUUUGUUGUGAUGGUGGCAGGUGGUAAGGUUGAGGGGGGGAAUGGAGAAAACAAUGAAGAAUCAGAGGAAACCCCCAACACCGCCAGAUAGAUUGAACUGAGACCGGACUCUCCCUUCAAGCAUAUCCCCACCCUACUCAAAGCUAGGUGGACAGAGGUGGACGGUGCUGGGAGGGAAGAGGAGGAAAAAGAGGGAGGAAGACAGAGUGAAAGGAGCAGUGGAGGGAACAAGGACAUUUCUGUUUCUUCUCCAGGGACCUGACUAGAGCUGGGUGGAGGCAAAGCAUGCGUGUGUGGGACUUGGCAUGAAAUGACCAAUGAUGAUGAGAGGUGACCAGGAAAUUCCAUUCCCUAGGACAUUAGGGUCUCUGAAACUUACGGGUGGUGUCAGGGUGUGAAGAAGACAAGACAGGGUGAAUGUGGUGUUAGUGCAGGGUAUGAGGGAACAGAACAGAGGCCAAAAAGGAAGUAAAAGCCAUGGUUGUAAUUCUCCUUUAAAGCAACCUGACAAAAUGAAGUCCUGAGCUGCUAAACUGUAGAGCAAGAGCCACCUGAAUACACUGCCCACCAUUUCAAUUUCACAGGGAAUGGGACAGGAGCUGGGAAAAUAACAGGAGGGAUCAGAAUUAGAAUAAAGCCACAUCCCAAUAGCCAAGUGGCAGAGAACUUGGCCCCUUACGCCUCAAAUAGGAAGAGUGAGAUACAGAGCUGGGAAAGACACCCUACCCCCUCCACUACCACCACCAAGGUCACACUGGGACUUCAGGAUCUUGAAGCUGUUGGUGGUGGAGGUGAGCGAGGGAAGGGAUGAGAGUAAGGUGCCAGCAAGGAUGUACAGAGGUAGGUUCCCUGGUCCUGUUCUAGCCCCAAACCGGUUUUCCCGGUCCCAUUGCCUGCAGCCUCAAGGCCUCCAGCCCGCUGGCCGACAAGCCCUCACUAGAAGCAACUGGAGAGAAGAGAACUGGGAGAAAGGAGUGGGCAACUCUGGCUGCACGCCCAGGGCUGCAGGUGGUCCCCGAAGGCAGACCCCCAGACAUGGAGUAUUCUUGAGGGGUUCUAGAGAUGGGAGGUGGACCCGUAUUUCAGCCAAGUGACUGACCUCAGCACCAACUUUGCUACUCCCUCUAAAAGGUUUUGCGGGGGCUUAUAAGGAAACAGUGCUUUGGCCCUAAACUUCCCCUGCCCGGACAGAUUUAAUGUCACAGACUUCAUGUCUGGCCGCCCCCCACCCCCACCCCCAAACUUACGCAGAAACUCGCUACCCCUCCCCACCCUCAACUGUGACAGGGACUCUUGACUCAUGUAGACCCUGCCCCUCCCCACCCUCAACUGUGACAGGGACUUCUUGACUCAUGUAGACCCUGCCCCUCUGACCCUCAGGGUAGACCCAGGGUCUACUCAUAUAGACCCUGACCCUCUCCCACCUCCCCCAACACUUCAGUCCCUGCUUUCUUUUCCACUCGUCGCAGCCUUAACCUGCGCGCGGCCGGGGCGCGGAUGAGGGCUGCCACAGCGGAGCGCGCCGCCCUUCCCACCGCCGCAGCAUCCCGGGCUCUCUGGACCCCCCCACCCCACCCCCACCCCCAGCAUCCGGCGCGUCUCUGCCUGGCCCGAAGGCGUGGCGGGCAGCCCGGGGAACCAAGUCUGCAGUGUUACCUGCUCUUCUUCGGCAUCGAGGCGGCCCGGCGGCAGUGGCUGGAGUCCAGAGCAGACCCCGGAGCCCCCGAGGCACUCCUUCCGUCUUUGGAACACGCUAGUAAUUCACUGAUAGCAGGAAGCUAUGAGGGACCCUGUGAGUAGCCAGUACAGCUCCUUUCUCUUCUGGAGGAUGCCCAUCCCAGAACUGGAUCUGUCAGAGCUAGAAGGCCUGGGUCUGUCAGAUACCUCCACCUACAAGAUCAAGGACAACAGCAUGGGGAAAAUGACCGGGCAAGCAACUGCAGGAGAGCAGGAGAAAAACCUGGAAGGUGAUGCCCUUCUUGAGUACAGCACUUUCAACUUCUGGAGAGCUCCCAUUGCCAGCAUCCACUCCUUUGAAUUGGAUUUGCUCUAAGGCGAAGACUUCUCUCUCCCAUCACCCUACCCUUAUUGUCUUCCCUUUCAAACCCCUUCCUUUCUACCCCUUUUCCACUUUAAUCUUGUUCUCUUUCUAUUGUGUUGGUGGUGCUGAUGAAUCUGCCAGAGUUAAGUUGUAUUUAUUUAUUUAUUUAUUUAUCUACUCCAUAUUUCUCAAAAACCCUCCCACUACAGGGGGUUAAAGCAAUGGUGUACUGGGUCACAGGGAUUCUUUCUUCCCCCUCUAAGUAUUAACUCCAGAUUUUCUGCUACGAAACAGGAUUUCUAAAAGCCUAAGGACUCUGGUGUGUUCUUUUUCUUUUUUUUUUUGAGACAAAGUCUCAUUAUGUCGCCCUCAGUAGAGUGCUAUGGCAUCACAGCUCACAGCAACCUCAAAUUCUUGUGUUUAAGCAGUUCUCUUGCCUCAGCCUCCCAUGUAGCUGGGACUACAGGCACCCACCACAACGCCCAGCUAUUUUUUGUUGUAAUUGUCGUUGUUUAGUUGGCCCCGGCCAGUUUCGAACCUGCCAGCCUCAAUGUAUGAAGGCUGGCGCUGUAACCACUGUGCUACAGGUACCGAGCCUCUGGUGUUCUUUUUCUCAGAGAAAUUGGUGGCAGUUAAGGGUAUAAAACAAGAGGAAAUAAUGUAUUAUGGAAUAUGAAAAUAGGGAAAAACAUUGAAUAAUUUCAGAAACAGCUAAGUUCUUUUUUCUCAAAAAGAUAUUCCUUUAACUUUACAACUUUGCAGCUGUGAGUUGAAAACUGAGGAAAAUUAGAUACCGAAUUUUAAGAUGCAAUCUUGCUGACCAUUAUAACUUGUAAGGUUUUGACUAUUUUUUAAAAGGCACAGGGUUUGGCCCUUAGUAAUAUAUAAUACCAAUCAAUGGGCCUUGGGCACAGUUCUUCUGCUACACUUCGACCAUGAAAUGAACAAUUAACGUUCUGACCUUAUACCUUGACCCCACUCCUUCCAAAAUUGUUGCUGAUUUGUUCUGCCAUUUAGUCAUUUACUUAAUAAAGACAUAAAAUCCCA